AUGACAUUUGUCAUUAAAGAUUUAAAACCACUUAGUAUUGUAGAAGGUGAAGGAUUUCGUGAACUUAUGCAUAUAGCUGUGCCAGAAUAUAUUGUCCCGUGUAGAAUCACUAUAACAAGACAAACUGACCAAAUGGCAAUAGUUGAAAGGGAGAAUUUAAAAAAGGUUUUGAAAUAUAUACCUAAUGUGUGUUUAACUGUUGACUUUUGGACUUCUGUAGCAAAUAAUAGUUACUUGGGUGUAACAUGCCAUUUUUUGGAUAAUUGGAAAUUAAGAAAUAGAAUUUUGGAAACAGUUGAGGUACCAGAAUCGCAUACUUCGGAAAAUAUUUUUAAUAAUAUAAAAUCUGUAAUAAAUCUGUAA